UAUAAGAAUUGCUUAGCCUCAACUUGUUCUCAGUUUACAAACAACAGUGGCUUUUUAUAAUCAUGUUAGAUGUCUGCGAAAGUGCAAGCGAAAGCAGUCAAGAAAGCAAGGAUGGGCAUUACGUUGGACAAGACUUGCGAAAAAUCUCAACUGCCACAGAGAAACUGAAACCUGGUCCAAAUAUUAUCACAGCGCACUGCAAAACGGACAGGGCUUUAGUGGACUCAUUCGGCCCCGAAACAGACCCAGAUAAUCCAAAACAGGACCAUGUAAAUGCCACAACUGGCGGUAGGACACGUUGCUUUAGAGCAGAGGAGUCGAAUGCCACGGAGUCAAACCAGCCUCUAACCGUGGAAACGGACCAAAGAGCUCACAUCACAGGCCUAGAAUGCAGUAAUUUUCUUCACUGCUAUUCUUGUCCACCGGAUUUAACAAGAUAUAUCAUCAACCCCUUGGGUGUCGCACACCGUCUCCUACACCCCGCUGCCCAAGUCAACAUGCAGGGGAGAACUUUCUCCAGUGUAGCAGCCAUGGGUCACAGGCUGGCAGCUGUGUCAUCUGGCGGAGUGUGCGCCAUGGGCACGGCUGGUAUCCUGGCAUCUUCUUUACAAAGAGUGUCAGGAACGUCAGGAUUACCCGUGAACUUUCAGCAGCAUGCUAUGGCAUCACAGGGCCUCACCGUUUCUCCAAUUGGUGGUAUUUUCCCCUACCCCUACUCCUAUUUGGCAGCAGCGGCUCCUCAGUCCACCACAGCAUCGACCCCAGUGCGCCCUCGAACCCGGUUCAGACCCUACUCCAUUCCCAAUAGCGUACCAGACAACUGUUCGACACCACUGAAAUCUAUUCAUUUUAAGACUGAUAGAGACGUGAAUUGUUACAUUUUUGGAAAUAGUCCGAUUGCUGCCAGAUUGGACUGUAGGUCUACAUCAGAGGUCAACAUCAAUUCCUUGCCACUUGGUUAUUGUGCGCCACCAGCAAAGAGCGUAUCCAGCAAGGAUGGCAUGGAUCAGCUUCAAUGUAUGUAACAGUUGGUCAGCGGCCUAGACUCCUAGACAGAGAUUUAUCUUCCUAGGGCAUGAAUCUAACAAACUGAUCAAAAUUAUGAAAUUUUUCUUUACUGCAUAUGAAUGAAGAUUGAAGUGUUUGAUAUCAAACCAAAAGGCAUUUAAAAAAGUAUCAUAAUGCAGAAUGUAUAACAUUGUUUACGUCUGUGGAAUAUGGUUGCGCUUGUGUGUUGUUACUGUAAUUUGUUUGUUGGUGACACUGAAGUUAAUCUGCUAUAAAUCUCCAAUGUUUUCACUCAGCCAAUUACUUCUAUAGAAACAGUUUUGAACCACUAUAUUUUCCAACCAAACAACGAGUGUAGUUUCAAAUGUAAAUAUUAUUUAUUUCGGUUUAGAAGUCUUUGAGAAA